CAAACUUUGACAUGUUGUCAAUACUUACGCUCGGCCUACUCGCUCGAGCAGGUCAGGCGGCGAGCGACUUUUGGGUUUCGAAAUGGAGCGAAACGCCUGGUAGGCAAGAUACCUUAUGGCAGAGAAUCACAAUCUCAUACUGACGCUUCGCAGUGGGACCCGACGCCGUGGCACGCUCUGAACAUUUCCUGGGAUAACAAUCCGCUCCAAACCUUUGCGAUGCUUCCCUCUCUUACAAAGACUUCGCUGCUGAUUGCGGCGGAUGCUUGUUCACGACAAGACUCGGCAUGCCCAAACCAGGUGGAUUCCGGAAGCUGGCCUAUGUGGACAUCAUCGGAAGCACACGCAGAAUUUCUCUACAUGGACGGCCCUCUGUUUGGCGGCGAUUCUUGGGACGACACUGUGUCGUGGCCUCUCAACCUAACGAAUGACGUUCAAUGGGUUCAUGAACGAGCUAUCGUGUGGGAUACUAACAACAAUUCGAAUUCUCUCAAUGAUCAAGCAGUCACACUGACGCACAACCUCACUGUAAACUCUCCUGGCGGUCAGCUAUAUACCAUGAAUGCUGGCUUUUUCUCUUUGUAUGGUGCUGAGACAAACCUCACAUGGCUCAAUACCACUGGAUACAACAUAACCCAGCACCUCCAGCUGGCCACUGCGAAGCAAAAUCCGAUCAUCUCAUCUCUCUCAUACGGACUCCAGAUUGGCUCUCCAAGUCUCGAUAUCGAACCGAGUCUAGUCAUGGGUGGUUAUGACAGGUCUCGUUGCUUGACCGAACCAAUCACUACCCAAAACACGACGUUCCAGCUGAUUGAUGUCUCUGUCGGAGCUAACGGCAGUGAAUGGCCGUAUACAAGCGCAUAUACAGUCGAUAGCAAUGCUUCUGCGAAUUCUCAGGGUGGACUGCUGAGUGAUGAUGGACCGCUGGAGAUCUUAGCCAAUCCAGGUGUCCCAUAUCUGCAUCUGCCACAAGCUACAUGUGAUGCAAUCGCAAAGUAUCUCCCUGUCACUUAUGACCAGAUUUUGGGACUGUAUCUCUGGAACACCGAAUCAGACGCCCGCCAUUACGAUGAGAUCACUCAAACUUUUGCGUAUCUGACGUUCACGUUCGGUGACGGAUCAACUCAGAAAGACAUCAACGUGCCAUUUUCUCUUCUCAAUCUAGAGCUUGAUACCCCUCUCACUGCUUCAAAGACACGGUACUUCCCUUGCAGACCAUUUAUCCCUCACGAAGGUCAGCCUUACCAUCUCGGUCGCGCGUUCCUACAAGCAGCACUUCUGGUACAAAACUGGGAGACAAACACAACCUGGCUUUCACAAGCACCAGGUCCUAACGCGACAUUCCCAUCGACACCCGUUACCAUAGAAGAGACCGACACCACAAUUGCUCAGAUGCCAUAUGCGCCAGCUUGGCUUACGACGUGGAAUGGCACACUCAGGGACUCUCAUUGGGUGCAGACGCACGGAUCGAAUUCCUCAGAUCCUAACACAUCACCGGAAUCUACGUCGCUAUCUGGCGGCGCAAUCGCAGGAAUCGUUAUAGGUGCAGUGGCAGGUCUUGCCAUUAUCUCUGCAGCCAUAUUCUUCUUCAUUCGUCGUCGUCGUGCAAAGGCUGGAUAUGGUGAUGUUGCCCUCAUCUCAUUCGACGAAGACAAGAAUGGUCAGCAACAGGUACCGAAGUACGAGGACAAGGNNGGAGACAUUCAGGCUUUGUCCUCACCUAGGUAUGAAGCGGAUAGUGCGCCUGUCAAUGAGUUGGCGUCGCCUGAUGCGGACAAGCCCAAGAUUGGGGAGUUGCCUUUGAAUAUGGCGAAAGUAGACCGGGCAGAAGUUGACGGUACUGGUAUUGCUGAGCUACCCGGUCAUGAUGUGCAUAGUAGA